AUGGGACUUUUUUUCUGGUUGGCUCAAAUCCAAUUGUCCACGGAACAUCUGACUCAAAGACACUCAUUUGGCAUACCUAAUUAUAACAAAAGCCCUCCUCUCGUUCGCUUCUUCCAUGUCGCUACGUUGAAAGCAUUCAUCCUACCUGCAGCAUCCCCGUUCAACGUGGCUGUCCCUUCGAAACUGCGCCUGGUUCCCACUCCACCACUCUUUACUCAGUCAUCCCCUGGCAGAUACUCUGUCCGCAGAGGACAACGGUGGAAUGCUGGGUUCUGGCCCCUACAAAGACGUUCUAUUCACUCUGAAUUCCCCAGGUUGAAGGUUGAGGCUUCCACUCCUAUCCAACAAUUCAUCCCGUGGGGUGGGACAGUUUCUCAUAAGGACAGCGAAGGACGCAAAUCACGUCGGGCAGCACUUCUAGACAAGAAAAUAAAAGCGGCCAAAGAGCGUAGAAAAAUCCUCGCAGAGCAAUUAAAAUCACUCAAAACCGCCGCCUAUCAAGCAGGCUCAAGGUACUAUAAAAGGGAACUCAUGGAGGAGAGUCGGCAGACCAGGCCAUCCAUCGGCAUACGGUCGCCCUUCCGCCUCCAAUUCAUUACCACUCCCACUUCCGACACCCCUGGCACGAGUCUCUUGCUUCACUUUGACCAAAAGCGUUACAUAUUCGGCCAUCUUGCUGAAGGAACUCAACGAGCUUGCAUACAACGAGGUGUCGCUCUUAAAAAGGUUCGAGGCUUGUUCCUUACUGGCAAGACUGCCUGGAGCAAUGGGGGUCUGAUUGGGAUGAUCCUCAGCCUCGCCGAUGCACAAUCUGCCGAAGCCGAGCUGCAAAAUGGCUCUUUGAGGCGCCCAAGACUUUCCAUAUAUGCGGGUCCAAAGCAACUCCACUCCUUGGCUUGUGCGCGGAGAUUCGUCUUUCGCACUGGCAUGCCUCUGUCGGUCCAUGAAGCCAGCGUGUCCGAUGACACAGACGUCCGGCAACCAAUUCUCGAGGAUGAGAAUAUCCGAGUCUGGGCUGUUCCAACACAACAUCGGGCUCGUGCCGAAUCCGCUACAACUGUCAACGAACACUCUGAUGUGUCCGACGCGGAGGCCGAGUCUUCUCUUAGUGAUAACCCCAGUGACCCCGCAAUCAGUCUCGAACAGGGAAUUCGAAAUGAGGUUGUGAAUAACAUGUUUGACUCCGACUGGCAUCGAGAUCGACUUUCUGAGUACAGAAUAAAAGACAUCACCCUGCCCGCUGUGGUUUGGGUGCGCAAUCCAAAAACCAAGGAAUUAACAAGUCGUAUUCUUCACGACAGAGAGAAGAUUUCUCCGCUUACUCCUGAGUCUGUGGUUCUGGUUCGUGAUCCAUGGCCAGCUUCAACAGUACAUGAGUUGCCAAAACCCACCAAUUUGCCUAGCAGGACUUCCAUGUCUUAUAUUGUCAAAGGCUAUCCCCAACGUGGGAAGUUUGACCCAGUGAAAGCGAAAGCUUUGGGAGUCAAACCUGGUCCAAUGUACAGUCGAUUCACCGCCGGUCUAUCCGUUACACUCGAAGAUGGAUCUGUGAUUACGUCAGAUAUGGUCAUGAGUCCAGGUCGUCCGGGCAGAGGUUUCGCCAUCUUCGAUGUGCCGUCUAGAGGUUAUCUGUCAGACCUCAGCCAACGGUUGCACGACUAUAGUGACCUGCUGGAAGGUGUGGAGCUGGUGGUGUGGAUUACUCGGGACAAUGUACCCCUUACACCAGAGUUUCAGAACUUGCGCGAUUACCUGAAGGACAAACAACACAUUCUCUCCCAUCCAGACGUAAGCAACGACUAUCUCUCACAAGAAUCUAGCGCUAGGGCUGCAGCGCGUCUGGCUCAAAUCUCACCUGAACUGUUUCCGCUCCCACGCUUCAACAAUGAGUAUGCCUAUUCUCGAGUUUCAGAUACUCCCAAGAGAGCACUCAAAAGCCUUCUGGAGAAAAGUGAGAAUGAUUCCCCGAUAAAUGGGGCUGAUCGGGGCCUUACAGUUCACAUUGAGCCUGCACUUCGGACAGAUUUUGGGGAUGUGCCAAUCAACUACGAUUAUAGCGACUUGACAGCACACCAAGUGAGAGAUGAGGUCCGGAAACUCAUACCUUCCGACACCUUGGCGAAUAUAAGAGAAACGGCCUUGGUGAAGUUGAGUGAGCCCGAAAUCAUUACCUUAGGUACUGGCUCAGCCGCACCAUCAAAAUAUCGAAAUGUCUCUGCUGUCCUACUCUGCAUGCCGAAUGACAUGGGCAAUUACUUGUUCGAUUGUGGUGAGGGAACAUUAGGCCAGUUAAAGCGGCUGUUUGAUGCCUCUGAAUUGGAUGAAGUGCUUUACAAUCUGAAAGUUAUCUGGAUAUCUCAUCUUCAUGCGGAUCAUCAUCUCGGUACCGUUUCUCUUCUCCAAGCUAUCUACCAAGCGGGUCAGCGACAGGUACUUCGCGGUAGACCACGUCCUCAGCCGCCAUUGUUGAUUUCGGAAGUCAAUAUGAAGGAUUACAUUGAGGAAUACAAACACAUUCUCAAUGUUCCAGAGGGCUCGCUUUGCAGAUCAAUUGUCUGCCAUUGGGAUGAGGGGUUGUCCCUGCACGACAAGCCAUUUGAUUUCAGAGAGACAGACAUCCCCAUUCGGACAAUUGAGACUGUACGAGUCAACCAUUGCCAUGGUGCGCAGGCAAUUUCGGUCACAUUCAACAACGACUUCAAGUUCUCAUACAGCGGGGACUGUAGACCCAGUCGGCAAUUCUGUCAGAUAGGUGCCGACUCAGAUGUUCUAGUUCAUGAAGCGACAUUCGAUGACGGUAUGGAAGGCGAUGCCUUGGCUAAGAAACACAGCACAACGGGCGAGGCGGUCGGUGUGGCCCUGGAAAUGAAAGCAAAGAAUUUGAUUCUCACACACUUCAGCCAGAGGUACUCCAAAAUCCCUGUCCUCACCAGCGUCAAGCUACCAGAAUCUACUUCCCAAGAGGCCGAUGACAUAGACUAUAUGGGAAUGGACAACGGACAUAACGACACCGCUCCAACUGGCCACGAGCUCACACACGUGUCAUCACAGGACGAUGCUAAAGCCUGGAGCGAGCCAUCUUUGACGCAUGAGCUUCCAAUCGCCAUCGCAUUCGAUCUAAUGCGCAUCCGUGUGUCACAAAUCGCAAUGAUGAAGACACUAUUCCCUGCCAUUUCGAAGAUGUUCGAGCUUGAGGAGGCGAAAGCUGAUGCUGAGCGACAGGACCGUAUAGCAGAUAUGGUUGCCAGAGGCGUCUAUAAGGUCUCAGGAAGCGGCGAGAAGAAUUCGAAUGGCAAAAACGAGUCUUCUGAGGGAGGGGCGCGGAAGAAGAGAAAGGGGAAGGACAACAACGGCGUGGCUGCUGAAGCUGGUGAGACAACCGGCUUAUCCCAAGCUAUUCCAAAGAAAAAUGCUAAGCGUGCUCAGGCGGCUGAAGGUGGCGGCGCUGAUGCUGCUGUGGUUUCAAUCAGCCUUGGGGGAACUAAGAGAGCCGUCUCCCCCGGUGUCACAAAACCUGACCAUUCCAAUACUGGGGAUGUGGAGAUCGAGAAUAUGACUCUAAGUCCUGGGAAGAGACGCAAGACCGCCGAUCUAGAAUAG